AUGGCUCGGGCAACUCCAGUCCAAACGGCUGUUCCUCAGGCUGGAGUAGUCCGGCGAGAAGCCACGACGACGUCCGCGACGAACGCGGAGGCCACCAUGGCGGCAACCACGACAGCAACGGAGUUUGAAUUAACUUUGAGUCUGGAUCUACCAUCCGACACAUGUACGCCGACCAUAGCGCCCGACAAGAAUGGCUAUGUGCCGCCAGGGGAGUGCAACGCCUUAUACCUUUAUUACCCGUCUUUCAAAGCUGCCAUUGCUGCCACCGUGAUUUUCGGGCUCAUCCUAGUAGCCCAUUUUGUGCAAGCGACCAUGUACAAAGCGGGCUUUGUCUGGGUAAUACUUAUGGGAACCGCGUGGGAGACUGUAGGCUAUGGGACGCGCGCCUUAAGCACUCGCAAGCAACAAGACAACACUGUCGCGACCGUCACCCAGAUGUUCAUUCUUUUGGCCCCAUUAUGGGUCAAUGCAUUUGACUAUAUUGUUUUGGCUCGGAUGAUCAACUUCUUUGUCCCGGAGCGUCGCAUCGGCAUAUUCAAACCUUCCUUGCUGGCCAAGAUCUUCGUUUUUCUCGACUUUGGCUCCUUCAUUAUCCAAAUGAUUGGAGGUUUCAUGGCCACUGGUACCUCAGAACAGCAAAUGAACGGCAUCCACGUCUACAUGGCCGGCAUCGGCAUCCAACAAUUUUUCAUCGUCUGCUUUUUGGUCCUAGCUUUCCAGUUCCAUCGGUUAAUGCUGAAGCUAGAUCGGACCGGUCGGUUAUUUGGCGAAAAGCAGAACUGGCGUAAACUACUUUACGUUCUAUAUGCCAGUCUGCUUUUCAUCACUGUGCGUAUCUUCUACCGCUUGGUGGAGUUUUCAUCAGGCUACGGGGAUAACAACCCCAUCCCAUACCAUGAAUGGUAUAUGUAUGUGUUUGAUGGCAUUCCGAUGGCUUUUGCCGUUCUUGUCUGGAACUUUGCGCCACCCGGCGCUGUGCUACAGGGCCCAGACGCGAAGAUGCCGUCCAGCGGCAUCGGCAAGCUUCUCUGUUGUAACGGUUGUGGCUGCUGUGGAGGUUGUUGCUGUCGAACCUGCCGGAAGCGAAGCAAGGGAAAGAAAGAUAUGCAGAGACUACCCGACAACGAUUUCUAUGGAGAUGAUGUACCACUCCACCACCGUGACGCGUCACCUUUCAGGGACACGAGAUAUUCUUCCGUUCGCUGA